AUGCCUCUCCUGGAAGCUGUCGUCUUCUCUUCCCUCUGGGCCUUUGGUGUUGGGCAGUUGCAACAGCCUGAAAUGUCAAUUUCCAAGAUGAAAGACCAAAGAGCCCAGAUAUCUUGUAAGGUGUCUGUAACAAAUUUUAAUGAUGCAUACAUAUUCUGGUAUCGGCAGAAGCCUAACCAGAUUAUAGAAUAUCUAAUAGGAGUCGAUUCUACAAGACAACCAGCUCAGAAGAAAACAAGUUGGGGUAUCAAGCUUGAAGCAAGUAAAGAUUCUAGUACUUCCACUUCAACCUUGAAAGUUUACUUCUUAACGAAAGAAGAUGAGGCCAUGUACUACUGUGCCAUCUGGAUACACAACAUUAAUCACAUGAAAAUAUUUGGUGAUGGAACAAAACUUGCUGUUACAUACAGAAGUCUUGAAGAAGAUUAUUCACCCAAGCCUACAAUUUUUCUUCCUUCAAUUGCUGAAAUAAACCUACAUAAGGCUGGAACAUAUCUUUGUCUUCUUGAGAAAUUUUUCCCUGAUGUUAUUAAGAUAGACUGGAAAGAAAAGAACGGUAAUGCAAUUUUGAAAUCAGAGGAAGGAGAUACCACCAAGAUCUUUGACACAUACAUCACAUACAUGAAAAUCAGCUGGCUGACAGUGCCUGAAACAUCAAAGGAUAAAGACCAUGUUUGUGUUGUCAAACACGAGUUUAACAGAGGGAUUGCUCAAGAGAUUCUCUUUCCUUCAAUAAUGAAGGUCAAGGAGUCUUUUUCGAACACCUCCAUUGAGACAACCACUGUGGGAGGAGGUCUGACCCCAAGGGGAAGAGAAGAUGGUCGGUCACUGCAUCUGCAGGCCACCUACAUCUUUGCCUACUACACCUACGUCCUCCUCCUUCUCAAGAGCACUGUCUACUUUGUCAUCAUCAUCGUCUUCAGUCUGUGCAGGAGACCAGGAUUUUGUAGCAAUGGGAAGAGUCCCAUAACAGAGGGUGUUGUGAAACAGAAAUGCAGUUUUCAUCAUUUAUUAUCACUAAAAGAUUCUGCUGAGGAGUCUGUAGUGCUGGCUUUCAGGACACCAGAACCAGCUCCACCUCCCAGCACUAGCCUGAGACCUCCUGCUCACAGGGACCUCACUAUUUCACCUUCUCCUUGGGAGCAGCCAGCCAACAGGAUGCCUCUCCUGGAAGCUGUCAUCUUCUCUUCCCUCUGGGCCUUUGGCAUUGGGCAGUUAAAGUUGGAACAACCUGAAAUAUCAAUCUCCAAGAUAAUAUCUAAGACUGCCCACAUACCUUUAAAACCUGUUCAGAAGCAAAUAGGUGCAAAAAUCAAAUUUGAAGCAAGUAAAGACUCUUCCACUUCCUCUUCAAUCUUGAGAAUUAAUUUUGUAGAAAAAGAAGAUGAAGCCAUGUAUUAGUGUGCUUGCUGGACCUUGGGCCACGAGAAAGCGUUUGGCUCAAGGACAAACAUGAUUAUUACAGACAGAAGCCUUGAAGAAGAUUUAUCACCCAAGUCCACAGUUUUUCUUCCUUCAAUUGCUGAAAUAAACCUCCAUAAGGCUGGAACUUAUCUUUGCCUUUUGGAGAAUUUCCCCCCUGAUGUUACUAAGAUAGAUUGGAAAGAAAAGAAUGGUGAUGAAAUUCUGAGGUUGCAGGAGGGAAAUACCACCAAGACCAGAGAAAAGUACAUGUUCAGCUGGCUGACCGUGCCUGAAACCUCAAUGGACAAAGACCAUGUUUGUGUCGUCAAACACAAGUCUAACAAAGGCGGGGUUGAUCAAGAGAUUAUUUUUCCUUCAAUAAAGAAUGUCAAGGAAUCUUUUUCGAACACCUCCUUUGAGACAACCACUGUGGUAGGAGGUCUGACCCCAAGGGGAAGGGAAGAUGGUCUUGAGUUCAUCACCCCCGUUGUGAUGAAGGAUGAAAGCAGGUUGCUGCAGCUGCAGUUCACUCACACCUCUGCUUAUUACACUUACAUCCUCCUCCUUCUCAAGAGCAUGAUCUACUUUGCCAUCAUCACUGUCAUUGUGUUCAGGAGAACAGAAGCCUGUGGUCAUGGGAAAAGUCCUAACAGAAGGUGGCACAAAGCUGUCAAGUAG